AUGGAAUCAGCAAGUUUGAUUGUAAGUGAUGAGCCAGUAGCCGGAAGAGCAUCGAUUGAAACUACUGAGGACGAGAGUGCAGCAGAACCGCCUGAUGUUAGAGUAAGGCAUGACAUGUAA